AUGGCCACUGUAUUCGUACCUCCAUCGCCGCGAAACUCCCUGGCCAUGGCGACCCGCCGCCCACUUGCCAACGUGCCGAAUGCAACCAAUUCACCACAUAGGUCAGGACCUGUACAAGCCAAGCGAUCCAGGUCUACACAGAUGGAUAUCCCAUACGGCCAACCACCCCCGAAAAAGCAGGUCAUGGAGGUUAUAGAGAAUGAUGACCGGUCCCCUAGUCGAAGCAGGUCGACUACUGCUCAAAACACGGACUCGAAAUUAUUUGCGCGACGGUCUAACAACGUGCCUCCUAGUGCUUUCGAGAAGAAGCUUGUUGCAGCUCGCGAAAAGGAACGUCAGCCGGUGGUCAAGACUAUCAAGACAGAAAAGGCUUCUGCGGAUACCAUGGAUACAAUUAGACAGUGGCAGAGACAUUACAGAAAGGCAUUCCCUCAGUUUGUUUUCUACUUCGACAGCAUCCCUGAGGAUGUUCGUCGCAAGUUCUCUCGCCAGGUCAUUGCUCUCGGCGCUCGUGAGGAGAAAUUCUUUUCGCGUCUCGUCACUCAUGUUGUUACAUCUCGUGCUAUCCCACCCGAGUCCACAAGCCCAACCGAACCCGAAACCACUGCCGACGCGACGAACGGAGAAGGAAAUGUGCAAACAGUCAAUCCUUCUAUGCUGGAGAGAAAUGGGGACACAAACCUGCAUGUGUCAUUGAAGACGGAUACCCGCCGUGACCAAGGAACCAUGGAUGUUCUUCAGCGCGCUCGCCAAAUGGGCAUGAAGAUCUGGGCUUUGGAGAAACUUCAACGCAUGAUCACCACCAUUAACGAUAGUGAUAUUGGUGCUCAAGCGGACGCUGCAUCACGGAGCAAGUCUGCUGGUGGAAAUGCCGCCAAUGGAAAGGGCGAAAAUGAUCUCUCGCGAGUCCUUCGACAGGAACUACUCAAUGGACCAUCCGAUCGUGAUCCAUUGGCGUCAAUGGAGAUGCUGAUGUUCAAGGGCCCUUUCCUUUAUAUUCACGACAUGAAUGAGAAGACAAAGCCCGUCAUGGUUCGGGAAUACUCUCGGGUCGCCAGGCGGCAGGAUGGUUCCUGGCCCCAAUUCAGAAGUGCCCCUCUGGGCAAGUGUCCUUUUAUCGAUGAACCUCCAAGCAAGAAAGAAUACGAUCGACACCGUCUGCGCCACCUCCAGAAAGAGAAGAAGGCCGCCCUCCACAAUACUGAUGGAAACCGCGAGGCUAAGCCAAAAGCAAUAGCUCCUGCUCAGCAUGAUCAAGACGCCAAACCAGUCACUGAAGUCAUUAAGUCGAAGCCUACAGAGAAUGAACAGCGCAUCUCACCUCCAACUCAAACCGAAUCUCAGAAGCCCUCAGUUGACGAGAACAAUGAGCGAAAGAGUUCAGAGAGCUUCAUCCCUCCUCACUUCCCUCGCACUGGUCCUUUCUACACUGGUCGCGAGCCAGCCGCUUCAGGCGUUCAACCGUCCAAUAUGACCUCUGCAAUUCGCUCCCAGAUGAUCUCCUCCACUGCUGCAGCACCUGGUGCGAAGGCCGGGCUCAGCAAGGAAGUCCACGGGCUCAAGCGCAAGGUCCUCGAGAAGGGCACUGGAUCAAUGGCUGCUCCUCAGCGUCGCGAAGGAUCUGCACCUGUCCAGUCUAAGAGCAUGAACCCCCCCGGACGAUCUAAUCUCCGCCAUGAAGAUGAUGGAAACCAGUCCGAAGUUGCUGGCUCCAAACGUCAAAGAGAAGACAAGGAGCAGCAACGGAGGGCCGAGCGACGCAGAGACCCCAAGCCUGGCUACUGUGAGAACUGCAGGGACAAGUUCGAUGACUUUGAAGAGCACACUCUCACAAGAAAACAUCGUCGUUUCGCUGCAAACUCCACGAACUGGGCUGAACUUGAUGCGUUACUCUUUGAAAUUCAACGUCCUCUCAAGGACAAGUACGAAUAUGAUGAAUAG